UACAGUGAAGCUUGUGGUUCGUCACUUUAGAGGAUUUAAACACUUGUUUUAGCUUCCACAGUCACGUUUCUGACCUGAUCAAAACCUGGACGAUGAGGACAAAUAGAGUUUGAUAAACGACAAGUUUAGAUCUGAGUCUGAAUCAUGUUAGCAGCUAACGCUAGUUAGCCACCUAGCAGUUAGCUCCCGGUUGCUUGACAACGGAGCGAAGCCAAACAAACCGCUAGCAGGCUAGCACAUGCUAGUCGGCUAAAGGAGGACAGAAGCGAUUUGUUUUCGUCUUUUUAUUCGUUUAUCAUUUAACUGGAAAAUUCCAGACGAUGGCGGACGACGGGAGACGAGGAGACGAAGAUGAGCGAGGACCGGGAGCUGCUCAUCAGAUGUUCGUGGUGAUGGAGUGUCUGCUGGAGAAGCUCAAGGUGCUCAACUAUGAGGAGGAAGUUCUGACCAAACACAACAUGAAGAACCUGUCCAGACAUUACUUCGUCUCCAGUUCCUCCCUGGCGUCCAACCCUGGUGAGCAGUUCUACAUGUUCACCAUCAUCGCGGCGUGGCUCAUCAACGUGGCGGGGAGGCCGUUCACCGAGCCUCAGGAGUACGACGAACCCAACGCCACCGUGUCCAACAUCCUGGCCGAGCUCAGGGCCUUCGGUGUUAAGGUGGACUUUCCGCCCUCCAAACUGAAAACCGGCUCCGGCGAGUUUGUCUGCUUCGUGUUGGACCGACUGGCUGAAGAAGCUCUGAAGAGGAGAGGUUUUGCCUUCAGGAAGCCAAACUAUCCAGCAGAAAACACAGAAGAAGAGUCGGUGAUAGAGGACGACGCUGAGCUCACACUCAGCAAAGUGGAGGAGGAGAUGAUAGAGGAGCCUGAUGAUGAAGAGGAGAACGUGAUGGACCUGGAAGCUCUGAAGUUACGAACAACUCACCCUGAAGCAGAACCUUCAUCCAAACCGGACGAGAUUCUGGAGUCGACGGUCGACGCGGCCGAGUGGAACCUGGAGGUGGAGAGAGUUCUGCCACAGCUCAAAGUGACCAUCAGGACCGACAACAAGGACUGGAGGAUCCACGUGGACCAGAUGCAUCAACACCGGGACGGGAUCAAGUCGUCGCUCAAAGAGGCCAAGAGCUACUUGGACAAGCUGCAGGAGGACAUCGGAAAGACUCUGGAGAAGGUGAGCAGCAGAGAGAAAUACAUCAACAACCAGCUGGAGCAUCUGAUCCAGGAGUAUCGCAGCGCUCAGGCCAAACUCAGCGAGGCAAAGGAGCGCUACCAGCAGGCCAGCGGAGGAGUGACGGAGAGAACCAGAGUCCUGGCCGAGAUCAGUGAGGAGCUGGAGAAGGUGAAGCAAGAGAUGGAAGAGAAAGGCAGCAGCAUGUCUGACGGAGCUCCGGUGGUGAAAAUCAAACAGAGUCUGACGAAGCUGAAGCAGGAGAUCGUUCAGAUGGACGUGAGGAUCGGCGUCGUCGAGCACACGCUGCUGCAGGCAAAGCUCAAGGAGAAGUCCAACAUGACGCGCGAUAUGCACGCAACCAACAUCCCCGAACCGGCCGCCGGACCGUUCGUUUAGCGGGUCGGAACCAGAACACACAGGACUGAACAGCUGAGAACUUUACUAAGUGUUUCUACAAAAAAAAAAAAAACAGUUUCAUUCAGUCACAAAAAUGGAAACAUUUCAAGUCAUUUCAAAU